AUGCAUCUUUCACUUGCUGGCAAAACAGCUCUCGUCACCGGUGGCAUCAGAGGCAUCGGGCGAGGCAUUUCCCUCGAACUUGCUCGCCGAGGUGCUAACGUCGCCAUGGUGUAUGCCAAUCCCAGCCGUACUGAGACCGCCAAUCAAGCAGUCAAUGACAUCCUCUUACUUGGCUCUGGCGCAAAGGCUAUUGGCAUUCAGGCCGAUCUAAAGGUGUUCGAAAAUUAUCAGAAGAUCAUUGACGAGACGCUGCGAGGACUUGGUGUUACGAAUAUUGAUAUUACCGAAAUAGUGCACAAUGCAGCAGUCGCCUGGCCUGUCUCGACGGAAGAUACUUCGGAACAGUUAUACGAUGAUACAAUGAUCACAAACAUUCGUGCUCCAUUCUUCCUUACGAAGACAAUGCUCCCGCAUAUCCCGCGCGGAGGGCGUAUCAUUCUCAUUUCCUCCAUUGCAGCUCGGCGAUUCUCUUUCGGAAUGAGUCAGACAGCUUACGCGAUUAGCAAGGCAGCUAUUGAGGCGCUCGCAAGAAAUUGGGCCGUCGAAUUUGGUCAGUCGCGGGGAAUUACAGUGAACGCGUUGUCUGUGGGGUUUGUGGAAACCGAGAUGGUGCAAAGCCUUUCUCCCGAUAGCCUUGAAGCUUACCGCAAGGAAAAUGCACGCGUUACUGCUGCAGCACCAAGGAGCGGCACGCCAGAUGACAUUGCGCAGAUCGCGGCAUUCAUCGCCAGCGAGGAGUCACGUUGGGUAACCGGGAGCACCGUUUCUGCAAACGGCGGGAAAUGGCCCAUCUAG